CCCACAUAUCCCUAGAUGAAAAAUGCCGAAACAUUUAGUAUUUAAUUUUAUUCUGAAAAAUAAUUGCUUUAUAUAUAUAUAUAUAAUAAUUAUAUAUAUAACAAUUCAUUAUGCUCUAUAUAUAUAUAAAUUUUCAAUAAAAUAAAAAUGUUUGGAUAGAAUUGUUUAUAAUGUAAAACAAAUACUUUGCAUCUAAUUGUGUUGCUAUUUAUAUAAAAAUAUUAUGUUAUUUUAUUUAAUAAUAAAUAUAUAUAAAUAUAUAUAUGUGGAGUAAUAUAUAACUAUUAUUUUCUUUUUAUUUUUUAUAUGUAUAAUUUGUAUAUUUAAAUAAUUAUUUACUUUAUUUAUAUCUAAUAAUUAAAAAAAAACGCCAUUUCCUCCAUUUUCUUAAAAUUCAUCUUGAGAUAUUAAAAGAACAGUUUUAUUUAGAAAUUUAAAUGAUGAAAAAAUGGUGAGACAUAAUAAUCGUUUACCAGAGAAUCUUCCACAAUUACAAAAUCUUAUUAAACGAGAUCCUGAAUCUUAUAAGGAAGAAUUUCUUCAACAGUAUCAACAUUAUAAAUCCACUUUGGAAGUUUUUUGUUUAAUACCAAAUAAGUUUAAUAAAAAUCUUGAUGAAUCAGUCACUUUUCUAGCACAGGUGGCUCAUUGUUAUCCAUAUGUGUUAGAAUCAUUUCCUCAAGAAAUUAUUGAUGUACUCAAAACAUAUAAUAUGGUACUUGAUAAUGAUAUGCGACUUACAUUUUGUAAAGUUUUAAUACAACUACGUAAUAAAUCUCUCUUAGAACCCACUGCUCUUUUGAGUUUGUUUUUUGAACUUUUAAGAUGCCAAGAUAAAAAUUUAAGGCAAUUUCUUGAAACACAUAUUAUUACUGAUAUUAAAAAUGUGAAUUCUAAACAAAAAAAUGCAAAAAUUAAUACAACUCUACAAAAUUUUAUGUUUUCAAUGUUAAAAGAUUCUAAUGUAAAAGCUGCAAAAAUGUCUGCAGAUAUCAUGAUAAAAUUGUAUAAUAAAAAUAUUUGGAAUGAUACAAAAACGGUAAAUGUGCUAGCAACAGGUUGUUUUGUUAAAGCAACCAAAGUUAUGGUUGCUUGCUUAAAAUUCUUUCUGGGAACAGAUUCAGAAAAACAGAUAAGUGAGGAAACUGACAGUGAUAAUGAAUCAAAUAUUAAGGAAAUUAUGAUGGCUAAUAGAGUAAAUAAAAAAACAAAAAAACGAAAUAAAGAAUUAACUAGAGCAAAACGAUUAUUAACGAAAUCUAAAAAAAAAGAAAUGAAAGCACCGAGAUUUAAUUUUUCGGCAUUACAUUUAAUUCAUGAUCCACAGGAUUUUAUAGAAAAAUUAUUUAAACAAUUGGAAAAAAAUAAUGAUAGAUUUGAAAUUAAGUUAAUAACAUUGGAUGUAAUUUCAAGACUUAUUGGUUUGCAUAAUUUAUUUCUAUUAAAUUUUUAUCCUUAUUUACAAAGAUUUUUACAACCUCAUCAAAGAGAAGUAACAAAGCUUUUACAAUUUAUUGCUCAAGCAUCUCAUGAACUUAUACCAUCUGAUAUAUUAGAACCAAUUUUGAAAACGAUAGCAAACAAUUUUAUUACAGAACGUAAUUCAGCAGAUGUCAUGGCCAUUGGAUUAAAUGCUAUUAGAGAAAUAUGUAUACGAUGUCCUUUAGUUAUGAAUGCAGAUUUAUUACAAGAUUUAGCGCGAUACAAAUAUUAUAAAGAACGAAGUGUAAUGAUGGCUGCACGUUCUUUGAUUGCUGUAUUCAGAAAUUCAAUACCUGAAUUAUUGCAUAAAAAAGAUAGAGGACGUCCUAUAGAAGCAACUAUUACUUUAAAUAUUCCAAAAUAUGGUCAAAUGUAUACUAAUGAUUUUAUACCAGGAGCUGAAGUUUUAUUUGACAAUGAGUUUGAUAAAGUUAAAGAAAUUUCAAAAAAUAAGAUUAAAAACAAUAUUAGAGAGAAUGAUUGGAUAAAUGUAAGUUAUAUCAAUGAUGAAAACUGUGAUAUCAAUGAUGAUUAUAAUAAGAAUGAUGAUGAUGAUGAUGAUGAUGAUGAUGAUGAUGAUGAUGAUGAUGAUGAUGAUGAUGAUGAUGAUGAUGAUGAUGAUGAUGAUGAUGAUGAUGGUGAUGGUGAUGGUGAUGGUGAUGGUGAUGGUGAUGGUGAUGGUGAUGGUGAUGGUGAUGAUGGUGAUGGUAAUGGUGAUGAUGAUGAUAGCGAUGACUAUAAUGAUAACAACAGUGAUGUCGAUAAUGAUAAUGAUAAUGAUUAUGUUUUUUAUGAUAAUGAUGAAUGUGACAAUAAUGAUAAUAAUGAAAAAAAAGAAAAGGAAAAGAAGUUGGAAAAAAAAGAGAAAAAAAAAAAAUUAAACUUAUUUGUAAACAAAAAUGAUAAUGAAAUUUUAGAUGUUUAUAAUAUUAAAUCUAAUAUGAAAAAUAUAAGUAAUAUGAAUAAUAAAAAUGUUAUUGAUAUGAAUGAAAACAAAGAUAUGGAAAAUAAAUUAUAUAAAAAUAAUGAUAUAUAUAUAAGUAAUAAUUUUAAAAUUAAUUAUACAAACAUAGAAAUUGAUAAUAUUAUGAAUCAAAAUCAACAAAAACAAUGUAAUCUGUUAACAAAACUUGAAAAGAAACAAUUAAAGACAGAAAAAAGAAAAAAUGCAAAAUUGAAAAAAAAAGAUAUCACAAUAGAAAAAAGAGAGAAGGCAACUUUGAUAUCUAAUGAACGAUUAUUAAGUGAUGAAGAUUUUAAAAAAAUAGAUACUGCAUUAGCAAAACAACAAAUAACAUAUGCUAGUUUAAAGAGACUUCAUUCUAGUGAAAGAGAACAUGGAGAUUUUGUUAAAUUGACCGAUAUAGAAAAUAUUUAUAAAAAACGAAAACAUGAUAAACAAACUCGGAUUGAAUCUGUGAAGAAAGGACAAGAAGGAAGAGAAAGAUUCGGUUAUAAAGAUGGACGACAAAAUCCACUUUGUAGUAAAACAAAUCGCGAAAAAAAAAAAACCAAAGCUUUUCAAAUGUUAAAACAUAAAGUGAAAAGAAAAGUAAAACGUUCUUUUAAGGAAAAACAAAUUGCUUUGAGAAAUCAUUUAUUAAGACAACGAAAAAUGAAAUAAUAUAUACUCAUAAAUAUUAUAUUAGAUGGAUAAGAAUAACAUUUAGUUUGGCAGUGAAGAAUAUAUCAUCUUUAAGGAGAUUUUUCGAGUUUUAUUUAUUCUUAUUUAGAAAAAUACAAAAUAUGGAAUGCAAUCUUAUUGUGUGAUUAAUGAAUUUAUUAUGUUUCAUUUCUUGUCUAAUAUAAAUAAUGCUUAUAAUUUUGCUAUUAAUAAAAUUAUAAUUAAUAUUAUAAUUUUUUAAAAUUGAUCUUUUAAAAAUGUCUCAUAAAUAUAUUAAUAUCCUAGAAUCAUCGUUCAUUUAAUGUACCAGAAUGAAAUUUGAUUGACAAAAAUACAAUCAUUCAUUCAUAACAAUUCCAUAAUAAUAAUGUAAUUUUCAAUUUUGUGAUAAUAUAUUUCAGAGAUAAUAAAUAUAACGAAAUAGAAUGAAUAAAUAUUCAAUAUAAAUACUCAUAUAAUUCAUUCCAUUUGAUUAUAAUUGAUUGAUUGACAAAUAUUUAAAUUGCUAGUACAGUUAUUUUUUAUACAGCGAUUUGCAUAUUACAACUCAUAAUAUAUAUCUGACCAUAAUCAUUUGAGUUUAGCAGUAUUUAAUUUCGUAGACAAUAUUUUUGUAAUUUAAAUAUUAAAUUAGUGAAAGAUUAAUUUUGGAGCUUGUGAAAACUCAAGUACUUUUGUAAUUCGUAAAUUAUUUCUAUUUAAAGAAAUCAUCAGCGAUAAACCAAGAAUACACAAAAUUGAAAUCGCGAUUCUGAAUCUCAUGAAAAUUAUUAUUGAAAAUAUUUUUCAUGAGUGUAUAUGUAUAAUCAGUACUCAUCAUAUGUAAAUUAUGAUUCAUAAAUCAAUGUUUGAAAAAGAAUGAACAGAAUAUGAUGUUAAUUUGAUAUUAUAUCAUUAAAUAAAUACAUUUUUAUUAAAAUA